GCCCGGGCAGAGGCAGUGAGCGCGCCAUGGAGGACGACGGCUGCUGCUACCGCGACGCGCUCAGCAUCUUCCUGGCCAACCGGCGACUCACCAUCGAGGUGCAGCGCGAGCGAGAGCUCUACCGCCGGCUGCGAGCCCGCGACGUCAAGACGCUGCUGCUGGGAUGUGGUUCAUCCGGAAAAUCAACUUUUAUGAAGCAGGUGAGGAUUAUUGAAGAAGGCGGUUUCACUGAAGAAGAACGGAAAACUUUUAAGCCAGUAAUUUGCCAAAAUGUUAUCACAUCUACUCAGAUGCUGAUUAUGGGAGUGCAGUUAUAUGAGCUUCAGUAUGAGUCCAAAAAAUCAGAGGAAUGUGCAAAAAUGAUCAUGGAACUGGAAGUGAUGGAGGUGACAGAGAUAAAUGCCACUGUGCUGGCAGCUGUGAAACAAUUGUGGAGGGAUAGCGGUAUACAGGCCUGCUACAAACGCCGUGACGAGUUGUACCUUUUGGAUUCUACAAAAUAUUUCAUGAGGAGGCUGGACGUCAUAUCUGCACCGGACUAUAUCCCUACAGAGCAGGACGUCCUCAGGUCCAGGAGCCCCACGUCGGGUGUCAUCGAGUAUCGUCUACCCAUCCAGAACUAUGACAAGAAACUCUGCAUUGUCGAUGUAGGAGGGCAGAGGUCUGAGCGCCCCAAAUGGGUUCACUGUUUUGAAAACUGUGUCGCAUUUAUUUUUAUAUCUGCCAUAAGUGAGUACAACCAGCUCAACGAACGUGGCCAGAAUCGGGUGAGCGAGAGCUUGGCACUCUUCAAGGUGUUGCUCACGUGUUCGGCAUUUCGUUACACUUCAGUUAUUGUUUUCCUGAACAAAGUGGACGUUUUUGAUGAGAAGAUCAAGAAACACCAUCUUUCUCACUACUUCCCAGAAUAUAAAGGGCCAAAAAAGGAUCCAGAGUCAGCAAAAGAAUUUUUUGCUGAGAAGUUUCAGAAAUGUUGCCACGAUGCGAGAAAGAGUGUCUACGUACGCUAUACUUGUGCCACAGAUACUGAGAACAUGACAGCAGUAUUUUCCACAGUUCGAGACUUCAUCACCAAGAGGAUGAUGUUGCAGUUCAAUGUACAAUAAUAUAGACUACAUUUUCUCCCUACAGUUCCUCUCAGGUUAAUGAUUACAGAUGUAAAUAUCAUUUUCUAACCUGACAUGUGUUUUCAGUAUUAUAAAUAAAAAUUAUGUUUGAACAAUUAAAAA